AAAACUCUGACGUUCUUUUACAUUGAACUCCACUGAUGGUAUAUGUAAUGGUCUAAAAAAAAGUAUUAUUUAAGGCUCGAGAACAAGAACGACCCCUUGGUAAAACGCCUGUGCGACUGUAUAAUUGCAAACGUAAAAAAGCGUGUCACAUUACGCGCCUUCUAGAUUACACUGGCACACUGUGUAUAUCUCUCGGGCGUCAGUCGGGAGAGACUUUGAGAUUUUCUUUUCCUGUUUAGGCUUCGCGACCGCCGCCGCGGCUAACAGCAGCCUCAGACUACGUUCCAGAAAAGGGCGGGCGCUUCCAUCGGAUACUUCUGUGAAUUGAGAGACCCAUUCACAAGGGAAACAUCGCCAUGAGGUCUUUCGCAACGUUCAUGUCCCUUCUGACCAUCUGUUGGGGUCUCCAUGAAGACAGACUGACCCUCGCCAAUAACCGCUUCGCCACAUCCCUGUUGCACGGCCUUCCAACUAGCACAGAGACAAAUAUCUUCUUCUCACCGUACAGCAUCUCCGUAGCGCUGGGAAUGGCGUUUGCCGGAGCCAGAGGAGAAACUAGGGAAGAUCUGUUUCAGGGAUUCGGCUACGCGCGAUCCGACAUCGAAGACGAUGCAGUCUUAGAAGCGUACGCUAGCCACAGAACGCGACUAAGAUCUUUGCGAUCAAACUCUACUCUCGAUGAGGCCAUCGGGGCUGCCAUUCAUGAAAGAAUUUCUCUGUUGAGUUCUUACGAAAAUGUCCUGAACAAUUCGUUCGGCGCCGACCUCCUGAAGGUGGACUUCAUAAACGGAGGACAGGCAGCGGUCGACGUCAUCAAUGGCUGGGUACACGGGAAAACCCGCGGCAAGAUUAACCUCCUGUUCGGUGAACCCCUCGAGACGAUCACCCAACUGGUCCUGCUGAAUGCCGUCUACUUCAAGGGUACGUGGGACAUGGUGUUUGAUCAGCGGCUAACGACCAAAAAACCCUUUAUGAACGCGUGCUCUACACCGACGGAAGUUGACACGAUGAGAGGAGAGGUCUAUGUUCGCCACAAGUCGUUUCCUCUUCUUGGAGUGGACAUUGCGGAAAUUCCUUACCGUGGCAUGGACUACAGCAUGACGAUCCUGCUACCCACUCGGAUCGAUGGAGCGGAGGCGCUCAAGCGUAACAUCACGGAACACCUGUUGCAAGACCUACUGAAGCAGCUGGUUGAACAACAAGUCACCGUAUAUCUUCCGAAAUUUAAGUUGGAAACCGAAUACCUACUCAAGGACCAUUUGAAGAAAUUGGGAAUCAACCGAAUCUUUGGUUCCGGUGCGGACAUCUCGGGCAUCACGCACGAUGCUAACCUGGUAGUGUCCGACGUGGUCCACAAGACCGUGCUGGAGGUUCACGAGGCAGGCACCGAGGCGGCCGGGGCUACCGGUGUCAUCAUUGUCGCAGAAAGUCUUGUGGAGAGCGUCGAGUUCCGAGUCGAUCACCCGUUCAUCUUCUUCAUCCGGAACACUCAAACCAAGGACAUCCUCUUUGUGGGACAGGUCAAUCAUCUUUGAAGGUAUCCAUCGAAGACUAAAAAUUAUAGGUGCACAAAGAAUAAAGAGUUCUUCCUGAUAA